AUAACUUUUUGUUAAUUUGAUACAAAUGUUUAAGAUGGAUUAUAUCUCAUAGGUUAUUUUUAUUUUUUGUUUAUUUGACACAAAUGAAUAUUUCCUUUAAUUAUCAUUUUUCUUAAUAAACCUUUUUUAACUUUAUUGAUUUGUUUCACUGCAGUAUUUUCUCAACCUUUUGGAAUUCCUUGUAAGAAUCUUCGUUGAAAAACACUGGUUUAAAAUAUUCAAAUGUGAACAACGACUUUAUUAUGAAAACAAUAACAAACAGAGUCAACAAAAAUAUACAGUCGUAGUUACAAAAAUCAAAUUUGUUUGAUCGAUUUACAAUCAAUUCAAAAUUGUGUUUCGUUUGAAAUGGACUUUGACACUCCUGUUGUUGUUACAAAUGAUCUCGAAAAAAGAAUUGCUGAAGCAUUUUCCAUGUUCGAUCAUAUUGGAAACAAAACUAUAGACGUACGUGAAGUUGGAACCAUUCUCAGAUUUUUAGGUUGUACACCAACGGAACAGGAAAUAAACGAAAUUAUAUCAGCGACUGAAUUUGAAGACACCAGAGGAACAAUACAUUUAUCUCGUUUUUUGUCGCAUGUUUGUCAACUUUUGACCGAGAGAAAAAUGGAACCUGUGUCGCCAGAGAAACUUCUAGAAGCUUUUCAAGUCUUAGACCCUGAUGGUAAUGGCUUCUUGACCAAAGAGUUUAUGAGUAAGAUUAUGAUGGAAGAGGGUGAACCAUUUACCCAGGAAGAACUCGAUGAAAUGAUGGCUGUUGCUAUCGACCCUCAAACUGGAAAUAUAUCUUAUGAAUACUAUUUGAAUCAGUUGAUGUAUGAACCAAAAGAAUCAAUUUUUGAACUUGCUGCAAAUGCAAAGGCACUUCAAAGCAAGAAAUUUUAAAAUUUAUUAUUUAUCGUUAUCAAUUCUAAUAAAUAAAUAAAAUAAAUGCUUUGCUCUUCUUUUUUUAUAGGUUUAUUUAUAAACUAAUUUUUAAAUACAAAAAUAAGUUAAUAAAUGGUGAUUCAAAUAGUGGAA